AUGGCGGACACACAUGGACGCAAGAGAAAGCGCGAUGGCGACGGCGCUGCGAAGACGAAGAAGAAGCUCGCUACGGAGGGCUCUGCGCCGUCCAAAGUCACCAUCUCCUCUAUCCUGAGACCUAACCUUUGCCCGCCAGUCAUUGCCUGCUCUCCCGGCGUCCGGUUACCCAAGAAUGUCCCCUUCAGCCCAUAUGUCAAGCCUGAAACGACGACUCUCGGCAAAAGGAAACAAAAGACCCCCGCAGUAUCCCAGGAUCUGAUUCUGCACUCCAACAGCCACCAGACCAUGGACUACACGGCGAGAGAUGAUGGCAUCAGCGACUCGCAGCAAGCCUUGAAGCACUACGUUGGUGCCUUCGACCCGAAGACUGGAAAGCUCGAGGUGGUGGAGGCCAAGAAGAUGGUGGUGCGUGGUACGGCUCGGGCCAAGCAGGCUUCGGACGAGGCCAUGACAGCGCCAGCAGACUACGAGAGCUACUACGCGCUCAAGACCGACCUUGGCCAGACUUUCGGUACGAGAAAGGCGAAGAAGGCGAUCGAAUCCGUCACCCUCAACGCCAUCGACCCCAACAAGGGCAAAAGCAAAGACAAGUCACCCCAGAAGCUCGAUACUGCUUCCAAGGCAAUAUUGGCGGAGAUCGGGGGCGUUACCAAGAACAUGGCAUCUCGGGAGCAGCUCCAGGCCGCUGUCGACCAGGCCAAGCCCGUGCCCCGCGCCAACCUCGAGGCCGAAGCAAUCCAGGACGUCUACGAUCCCAACGAAAUUAUCGGCCGCGACAUUCUCGCCGCCGUGCCCAUCAAGGACUGGGUCGACCCGACCAAGAAGGGCGAGGCCUUGCAGGUUUACUCCAAGCACGUUGCCACCCGCCUCCAGAAGGUCGUGGACACGGGCAAUGUCGAGAAGAUCCGCCUGCUGCGCUACUUUUACCUCCUGUUCCUCUUCUUCACAAUGUGUGAGGGUGGAAAGCCAGGACAGCAGCGCGGCGUGAAACGGGUUCCUUUUGCUGACAAAAUUGAGGAGAAGCUGUCACCUGCCCCCAAGGCCGUCAUCGAGCACAUCCGGCGCAAGUUCUCUGAUGGCAAAGAAUGGCGCAAGUUCCACAAAGACCUGGUUAUUACACACGCCUGCGCGAUCGCAAGCAUUAUUGAUAACUUUGAGGUUGACACGGCGGCGCUGCGUGAGGACCUGCGCCUUGAGCAGAAGGACAUAAACAACUACUUUUCCGAAAUUGGUGGCCGCGUGGUCCAGUCCUCCAGCAAGGAGAAGGGCAAGCCGCCGCGCCACAUCGGCAAGCUGGCGCUGCCAUUACAGUUCCCUAAGCUCAGAUCCGUUGCACCGAAGCGUCGUUAG